UUCCAAACUUGGGUGUUCUGGGUAUUCCAUAUUCUUCAUCACAAUCAGAUUUUCUUCCUUCCUGGGUUUUGUUGAGGGGGUACGGGGAUCAUGGUGAGGGGGAAGACUCAAAUGAGGCGCAUAGAAAACGACACAAGCAGACAAGUCACAUUCUCAAAGAGACGAAAUGGGUUGCUAAAGAAGGCUUUUGAACUAUCAGUUCUUUGUGAUGCUGAAGUUGCCCUCAUCAUCUUCUCUCCCAGGGGCAAGCUCUUUGAAUUUGCAAGCUCUAGCAUGCAGGCGACAGUAGAACGUUACAUGCGGCAUACAAAGGAUUAUAAUCGAACCAAGCCGACUGAACCAAACCUGCAGCAGAUGAAGAGUGAAGCGGCAACCUUACUGAAGAAAAAAGAGGAUCUUGAAGUUUCAAGACGGAAAUUACUUGGAGAGGGUUUGGGUUCAUGCACACUUCAAGAACUAAAACGGAUAGAGCAGCAGCUAGAAAAGAGCGUGAGCAUCAUCAGAGCAAAAAAGACACAAGUUUUCAAGCAACAGAUUGAACAAUUGAAAGAAAAGGAGAAAGCCCUAACUGCUGAAAAUGAAAAGCUUUGUGAAAAGUGUGGAGCUAAGCCAUGGGAAGGUUCAACCGAGCAGGAAGAGAAUGUACCAUAUGAUGAAAGCAGUCCCAGCCCGGACGUCGAGACUGAACUGUUCAUUGGACUACCCGAAGGGAGAACAACACGCAUCCUGCAGCCCAACUAAUUGACCACAACAACUUAUCCCACGUCUAGCCAGAACUCUACGUAUUAAGCAU